CUUUGACAUGUGCUGUAAGCCAUGACUUACUUGAGUCGGCCUUCGUAAAUAUUAAAGAAUUUGACUCUAUUCAGAUUUAUUCUCAAUAAAAUUCGCCUUAUCUUCUACUAAUAUCAUUUUCCUAUCUAUAUCUCCAUAUAAACAAUCGAGUUGUUCUAGAGAAUGCCACCGCCGCUCUGUGCCCUCUGCAAGACAGAGCGAGCCCUGAUCAAAAGGCCAAAAAACUAUCAGAAGCUCUGCAAAGGCUGUUUUAUACGAAUAUUUGAAGACGAGGUGCAUCAUACAAUAACUUCGUCGCAGCUCUUCUUCCCCGGGGAGAAAGUUGCUAUCGGCGCAUCAGGUGGCAAAGAUUCAACGGUUUUGGCUUCAGUACUCAAAACUCUGAACGAGAGACAUAACUAUGGAGUUGAAUUAAUACUCUUAAGUAUUGACGAGGGUAUCAAGGGAUAUAGGGAUGACUCUCUCGAGACUGUCAAGCGCAACGCGGUGCAGUACGAUAUGCCGCUGAAAAUAGUAGGCUACGAUGAACUAUACGGUUGGACCAUGGACCAAGUUGUGGAGACAAUCGGCAAGAAAGGCAAUUGUACUUAUUGCGGCGUCUUCCGACGACAGGCUCUAGACCGAGGGGCAAAGAUGUUAGGGAUCAAGCAUGUCGUCACUGGCCACAAUGCCGACGAUGUUGCAGAGACCGUUCUUAUGAACUUACUUCGAGGAGAUCUACCACGCUUAUCAAGAAGUACAAGUAUUGUCACCGGAAGCGACGCCAGUGAAGUUAAGAGGAGCAAGCCGCUCAAAUACUCAUACGAGAAAGAGAUCGUGUUAUACGCGCAUCACAAAAAACUCGACUAUUUCAGCACAGAAUGCAUCUACAGUCCGGAAGCCUUCCGGGGAAGUGCCAGGAGUUUAAUCAAGAAUCUAGAGAAGGUCCGUCCCAGCGCCAUACUGGACGUUGUUCGAAGUGGUGAGGAUAUGGCGAGAUUGGUACCUGGUGCUACGUCAAGUUCUUGUGCUUGCGAUGGGAAGACUGCAUCUAAUCGCACCCCUGCCGACGAAGAUAACAUUGGCGGCUGUGGUUCAUCGAACGGCCGUACAAAUGGUGGUGAGAUGGCAGCUAUGGAGAAACAACUCCGAGAAACCGAAGCCGCUGAAGCUGCCGGACUCGAAACAGAGGUCACGGCUGAGAAACCUAAAACAAGAUCUCAUGAUAAGCCAAAUUCGAUCAAUGGGCAAUUAAAGACAGCCGGUACCACUGUGCCCAUUAGGUUAAAGCAAAAGCUGGGUACAUGCGAGAAAUGUGGCUAUAUGUCGAGCCAGAAGUUAUGCCAAGCAUGUAUGCUUCUCGAAAGCCUGAAUAAGAACCGACCGGAGAUUACGAUAUAGAAAUAGCAUAAGGCAGGCGUUCCGGUAUCCUUUGGGUCUACUAGAAUAGGAUUAAAAUGAUACCCUUAAUAGAGAUGACCAGCAUCAAGUGUACGAUAU